GACGAGGGCGGUCGAGGCGUCUAGGUUCUUCUAAAGUGUUGUAAAGUGCGGCGGAGCGCUCACGCGGGGCGCGAGAAGUGCCUGAAGUGGUAUGACUUGAGGCAGCAAAGCCGGUUGCGCCGGGCGGGAGACGCCUGUUGGUCUCCAGCCUGUAUGGCUCAGCUCGUUUGCUGCGGCUAUCCAGUAUCUCUUUUGUAUUGGAAACAAAUAUCUAAGCUCUCUGACCUCGGCUUUUUGUAGGAUAAAAGAAAUCUCUGACCAAGUUUUACCUGUGUGAGGCUUACCGAUUUGAUCGUGUGGCAAACCGGAACAUCUUUCUGUUAUAUUUAAAGACAUUACUUACGCCAGGUCACAUAAAGCAACUUUUAUUUCAAGAAAGUAUUGAAGUGUGCAUUGUGAUUUGGUGCAGUGACCUUCCGCUGUCUUGUCUCAGUUUUCUCAAGAUGCGCCUCGGACUAGCGGUGUGGUGGAUAGUGGCACUGGUGGUUGUGGUGGACGGUGCAGUGAUGGUGCGACCGCCCAUCCACCGCUCCAUGGCUCCGCAACGCUACAUCUCCCCGCAGGAUAUACCGACCCAAAGUGUUCCUUCGAUUGUGACGAACGAAAACCCGAAGGAGACAUCAAGAGUCUUGAGAUCGACCAAAGACACAUCUGGUCUCGAUGAACAGAAAAUCAAGGAGGAACUGAUUCACUCAGAGGAAUUACUGGAAAAGUACGGAUAUCUGGACUGUGUGCCGCCCGGUAGCGAAGCCAACACGCGCCUUCACCGCCUACUGCUGUACCGUCGACAACGUCUCAACGACCCUCCCGGUUAUGACACUCUUGACGUCAGACUUAGGUCGCCAGAUAAACGCAUGCAAGUUACAAUUUUGCACUCAAACCACAAGAGUAAUAAAGACAAAAACCAAACACAGAUCACGACACAAGCUCAGACACAGGCCGCGGGUGACGACGCGCCAGGAUUGUCACCCAAGGAGAGCAAUACAACCACAUCUAAUGACCCAAAGGAAAGCGAGGUUAACACUCCAAACACCAAGCAAAGCAAAGUCACGGUGUGGGAUCCCUUCACGGGAUACCUCCACCACCUGCCCAUUUGUUCUCAAGGUGAAAUAGAAAAGGCUAUAAAAAAAUUUCAGAAAGUGUAUCACGUAGGUAAUGGAGGAACGUUGGACUCUCCCACUGUGGGGCUGCUGUCUAGCCCUCGCUGCGGGAACCCAGAUAGCAUAAUGGAGGAGGCCGAGAUCCAGGAGCAAGGUGCGCAGAUACUCGUACCAGGGGGCAGCAGGUCCCGCCGGAGAGCUCCACAAGAUAAUGGAGCGUCGCGGCAUAACGAAGGUGUCAGAGGCAUAGAUGUUCCAGAGGAACAAUACAUUUUGCACGAAGAGGACAUAGAUCACAUUGAUGACGUUCCAGACCAAGAAAUGUUGACGAAACUCGCUGAAGAACUGAGAAGAGCAGCUGAUGCUCGACACCCUAAGUCUGACUCGCACCUGGAGUGGGAGCCUCACCCUGAGGAAGCGUUAAAGCGGCGGAAGCGGUGGCUGGAGAAAAUGAGUGCACGGUACACCAGCGGGGAGGAGGACCUGCGCCUCGCCGCACUCACAUCCCACCCAGCCGUGGCCAACGCCUCCUCCGCCAACCACCAUGAUCGAGAUAAGAGGUCAUCAUUUAGUUAUACAGGACAACGCUUCCAGGCGAAACUAAUCAAGUGGCGACUGGUGACGGCGGGCUACAGCUCCCAAUUGGACAUCGGGGCACAGCGAGCCUCUCUGGCACUAGCUUUCCGGAUGUGGUCUGAGGUCAUCCCACCCGUCUUCCUAGAGCAGUCUACAGCCACCAUUGUUGACAUAAGCAUCGGUUUCGGCAAGAGAAGUCAUCUGGGGUGCGUGACUGAGUUUGAUGGUCUGGGCGGUGAGCUGGGCCACACACUGAGGCCUGCACAGGACGCUCAGAUUCACAUGGACGACGACGAACAUUUCACACUCAACUCGGACCACGGCACCAAUCUCUUGAAGGUGGCAGUGCAUGAGAUCGGACACGUGCUGGGUCUGGGGCACGUGGCUCAGAGGGCCUCGGUGAUGCAUGCCGUGUAUGAGCGGGUGUUACCCAACCAGGGAUUCGAACUUGGCUGCCAUGACCGUAAGCGUGUACAAAACCUCUAUGGGCCGUGUACGGGUGCCUUUAACACGGUAUUUGACCUUCUCCGCUGGCGUCCCGACGGUUCCCUCACUUACAACACCUUCUUCUUUAGGGGUACUCACUUUUGGAUGUACGAGAACAGGUACAACAGAACGAGGUUUGGCGAUCCUCUGGACAUCCGGCCCGAGUGGGGAGGCAUUCCUGACUACAUUGAUGGUUACGCCCACGUGUGGACACACACGCAGGACAUCCAUCUGAUUUUCAAAGGUGACCAGUACUACGUAUACGACCCUCGGAAACAGGGAAUAGCGCCAGGGUACCCUCGGCGCAUUGCUCAGGACUUCCACGGCCCGCCCACAGCCAAGCGACCCAGAGGACGCACUAUCCCCAAUAAGAUCGACACUGUUUACUUCGACAAAAGGGAUGAAAAUCUCUAUUUCUUCAAGGGAAAGAAGGUGUACGGUUACGACGUGAGCAAGGGAUCUGAGGGGUGCUGCCUACCUGGGUAUCCUCGCCGUAUACGAGAAGCAUUCCCGACAGUCAGCCCGUCCACUCAUCGGCUGUCGCGGGGUAUCGACGCUGCCUACUACUCCUACACCGAUCAAAAGCUGUACUUCAUCAAAGGUCUUUAUUUCUGGGAGGUGGCGACCUUCCACCCUAAUGAUAAGCAGCGUAACAACAGUGUGGUGGGGCCUUUCUACGUGCACACGAAGUGGCAUUACAUCUGCGACACGGAAAUAGAGCCUUUCGACCCAAACACUGUGAGUUAGUAGUGUCUUGGACAAGCUGGUCACAUUGCAUUAUAUUCAACCUGAACCAAUAGUCUGCCAAUAGUUUCUUCCAUAUCUUUGAUCAAACCACCGUGUAAUUACAGGAAAUGUCGACGAUUUAACUUUAACAUGAUCCGGUCUUCCAGUAAGUUACCGAUGGCGGUUCCACAAAAAGCACAAUGACAAAUAUUUCAGUCUUAUCUGAAUAGCUCUCUUUUAGAGACUGUUCACUGAUAUCCUUUUUUACCCAACAUAAAGUCAAUGUUUUAUCUUCUUUAAUUAAUCACUAUGCACUAUGGUGUCGUUUCUCCUGACGUAACUAGCGGUAUCAUGAUGCCUGAUGUCUUCCCCUCAGAUGUCUCCCUCCUGACGGUAAUUGGUUAUACCUUUACAUCAGAUAUCCAUGUUAUUCUCUUAUUGAUGUCAGUAUCCACCAACACCCUUGUUCUCAUCACUGAUUGUUAUGGAUGUUGUUUUUCUUCACCGGUAUGUUGUUGGUACCCUUGUUCUCAUCAUUGAUAGUUAUAGAUGUUGUUUUUCUUCACCGGUAUGUUGUUGGUACCUUUGUUCUCAUCAUUGAUAGUUAUAGAUGUUGUUUUUCUUCACCGGUAUGUUUACUCCUCCCACUGAAUCAUACAAUGAUUGGUCUACAAGUCAUGGAUUUAAUAUUACUAGUAUCUCCAGUGUAACAAAAUCGUUCGCCACAAUUGCGUGUUAAAACUUUCACUGCUCAUCUAACAGUGUUCCACAAGUUGAAACACCAGAGGACUGUAAUUAUAUGGCAAAGUAUAAAUUGGUUCUAAAGGUAACAAUUAGAUAGUAGGUGGUCAUGGAGUGGCUGUCUCCUGGAGUUCAUUUCAAUGUCCCAUAAGAAUUUUUUCUCACAGAAGUAUAGUCAACUAAUAAUAACGGCAAUGCAGAUGCUGGAACAGUGCGUUCUAUUUUCCGGUAGUGACAGUCUUUUCCUAUCGAUGUAGAGAGAGACCAAACUCACUGUUGGAUCUUUCUAUUUAAAUAUUCUAUACUUGAUAUAAAGAAGAUCUCAUUUAGAAAAAUUUAUCUUGAAUACCAAAAAUUAAUUUGUGACGGUUUUUUUUUUCCUCUUAUCUGUUCGUUUUCCAAGAAAUAUUACCGAAACAUCUUCAAAAUACGACAAAAUCAUUAUCUCAUCUGAAUGGCCACUUCAUUGACAAUCUAUGUAGGCACGUACAGUAUCUGCUAAUUGUGUUUACACCAACACAACAUUAUUGCUCACCUUCAGGUAUACAGUACUUACUCACUUGUAUUGGUUUAUUUAAUCAGUUUUAUACUUUCUGAAUUCAGCUUCUGUUAUCUGUUCAUUUACUGCUGCGAGUCUCGCAAGCAGAGCAGCCCGCAGCUGUAAUGUCUGGACCCUUUGGUGCACUUCCCUUGCACUGAUCCAUGACAACUUUUUUUUUUUAUCUGAUUCAUAAACAAAUAGAACAUCGAAUAUCUAUGUGGCAGCCAUCCUGCUGUAUUGUGCGCUUUAAGUACUAUAUACGUGUUUGAAAAUGAUUUCUAUUUUCGUAGCAGUACAAACACAAUCUUGCGUAUGACAUUACUUUUAUCUUAAGCUUAGCAUUAGACUCGAACUGUAUGGUUCGUAAGAGAUCUUUGUACGUAUUUUCUGUGCAGUAUUGUAAGAUU